UUACUUUCUUAAAACAAUUAACCAAAGUCUACUUAUUAAUAAACUUUCCUACUUCACCAACAUUUUCUCACUCACCAAACACACCCUUACUCUCACUCUAACUCACAAACCCGCCAUACCCAAACCCACUCUCAGCUUCACACGAAGCUCAAAUAAAAUUACCAACCAAACCCAUCAACAAUGUCUGGCGGGCCACCGCGAGUUCGGCCGAUGAACAUCGCCGGGCCGGAGAACAAGGCGCCGCAGAAACCGGGGAAAAAGGCGGAAACUGAGGCCAAGAAAAAUGGGAAAGUGACGGCGGUUUUGCGGCAGAAAUCCAUGAACGGUUCUUGCUCAUCGGAAGCCUCAUCGGACUCUUCGCACAGCCGAGCUUCGUCCUCGUCGUCUUCGAGGUCCGGUGGGAAAUUGGCUGCGGCUGCGGCGGGGCGGAGGAAUGGAGUGGUGAGGAAGAAGCAGUGUGAGGUGGCGAUGAAGAUAGAGAAGGGCGGCGGCGGCGAUGAUGCGGCGGCGGAGAAUGGGAAUGUGGUUGGUGGUGGUGGUGGUAAUGGUGGAAUGUUAGAGGAUAAAGUUGGUUGCUUGGAAGUUAAAAAAAGAUGUUCUUGGAUUACACCUAGUACAGAUCCAUGCUAUGCGACUUUUCAUGAUCAGGAAUGGGGGGUCCCUGUACAUGAUGACUGGAAACUGUUUGAAUUGCUAAGCCUAUCAGGUGCUUUGGCUGAACUUACCUGGCCUGUCAUUCUUCACAAAAGGAACAUGUUUAGGGAAGUUUUUUUCGAUUUUGAUCCAAUUGCUGUGUCAAAAUUAAAUGAUAAAAAAAUAGCUGCGCCUGGAAGCCCUGCCAGCACACUAUUGUCUGAACUGAAGCUACGAUCCAUCACUGAAAAUGCCCGCCAAAUUUGCAAGGUCGUAGAGGAGUUUGGAUCGUUUGACAAGUAUAUUUGGAACUUUUUAAACCACAAACCCAUAGUUAACCAAUUCCGAUACUCCCGUCAAGUUCCAGUCAAGACGUCAAAAGCAGAGUUCAUAAGCAAAGAUCUAAUAAAAAGAGGAUUUCGUAGCGUGGGGCCAACAGUUAUUUAUUCAUUCAUGCAAGUGGCGGGUUUGACAAAUGACCAUCUCAUCGGUUGUUUCAGAUACCAGGACUGUGUUUUUGGAACUGAAGUAAGAGAAAAGGAUGAUGGCCUUAAAUUUAAGACGGAAUCAAAGAAUACAAUCGAUGUAGGAUUACCAAUAGUUUUGGAUUGCUAUAACUCCUCGUAAUAAUCAGGUAAUGUUUGUUCAGUCGUUGUCUAUAUUAUGGGUUGUUGAGUAUUUUGUACAAAAGGUUACCACUAUUAAUGUAAGUAGCUGCAAACUCUGUAUUUUUGGUAUGCAAUUAUUAUCUGAGAUGGAUUGACUGUCCUGCCAUAUACGAUAUUAUUUUCUUCAUUCAAGUUGAUAAUAUGUUGAAAAUUAUUACA